CUUGUAGCUGCGUUGUGACAAUGGAGAUGGCAAAAGGGCCUUUGGCAUUCCUUCCUCAGCUGGCCUUCACUUUUAUACUGUGUUUUUCUGUUUGUGCAGGGUCAAGGACGCGUGGUGAUGAAGGAAAGCUGGUAAGUUCAGUGUUACUUCAAUUCCUGCCACUGGUCCGAAACGGAGAUAAGCCAUCUUGGUGCAUCGCCAAGCCUUCAACCGAUAAUCUUAAGCUUUAUGAUAACAUUGAUUACAGCUGCAAGCAAAAUGGAGUUGACUGCAUUGGCAUUGCACCUGGUGGUAAAUGCUUUAAUCCAAAUAAUGCAGUUUCACAUGCUUCAAUGGCUAUGAAUCUCUACUACAAGGCUGCUGGAAAGCACACCUGGAACUGCCAUUUUAAUGGCACUGGUAUGAUCGUUCUUGUUGAUCCAUGUAAGUGUCUAAUGCUCAAACAGUGUUACAACAGGGAAUUUUGUUAGAUUUUGUCUUCCUAAAAACCCUAAUAGUCAUUUUGAGUUCAUAUCUCAAAUUCUUUUUCAUGUCUUUUGGCAGCCGUUGGAAGCUGCAUCUAUCAAGUUUGAGAGAUCCGGAAUCAGGCGAAGGGAAGACAUGCAUGCUGACAUGCCAAUUAAAUAAAUCAGAGUUGUUAACUUAGCCUGCUGUAUCUUGUACAAUGCUCCUUGUAAGCUCAAGGAGCAUGAAGAGGCUGUGAAAACAAAACAACAGCAACUCUGCUUUGAUAUCCCCUCCAAAUAGCUACCCAAUAAAAGCAUUAUUAAGGACAUCCAACAAUGCUUUAUUAAGGAAGCAACACUAUCACUUCAUUUCGAGUGUUCUGUUCACACAA